AUGACGUCUUCCGAUCUGUUUUUUACUACUACUACUACUACUACUUCGAAGAAGAAUAAUGGGAUGAACAACAACAACAACAACAACAAGAGGAAUACUAAUAGUAAUACUAACACUAAGAACAUUUUCAAGCAACAAACGAGCAAAACGAACAACAAUCAAACGUUUUCGCACGUCAUCAACGAGCGAUUAUACUCCGUCGGUCUCAUGGUCCACAGAGAUUCCGCGGAGAACAAUUCGUCUUUGAAGUGGGAGUUCUCGAAGGAAAACGAGACCAAAGUGCAGACUAUUUUGAAGAGAUAUCCGCCGAAUUACAAACGAUCGGCGAUGAUUCCUUUGUUAGACGUCGCGCAACAACAAAAUGCCGGGUAUUUAACCGUUCCGGUGAUGAAUCACAUCGCGGAGUUGUUGGAAGUGGCGCCGAUUCGCGUGUACGAAGUGGCGACGUUUUACUCCAUGUUUAACCGGUCGAAAGUUGGAAGUUACCACGUGAUGGUGUGCGGAACGACCCCAUGCAUGUUGCGAGGAUCGAGAGACAUCGAGAAGGCGUUGAGCGAACAUUUAGGGGUGAAGAAAUUUGAAACGACCAGGGACGGAAAAUUCACGUUGGGGGAGAUGGAGUGCAUGGGAUGUUGCGUAAACGCGCCGAUGAUUGCGGUGGCGGAUUAUACGGGAGGCGUGGAGAAAUACACGUAUAAUUAUUACGAGGAUUUGACGCCGGAAAGUGCGGUGUCGAUUGUCCAAACGUUAGCGCAGGGGAAAAUGCCGGAGAAGGUUGGGAGUCAGAUUAGGAAUAAAGCAGAGCCGAUAACCGGGACGACGACCUUGAACACCGAGCCGACUGGGCCCAAUUGCCGAGAUUUGGCAAAGUUGAAGAAAGAAUUGGAAGCGGCUGCGGCGGAGGCGGCAAAAGCGGCAGCCGCGGAAGCUGCUGCUGGGGCGAAGAAGUAA